UGUAACACUAACGAAGAUUCAGAAACCCAAAAAUCUUCCAGCUGAGAAGGCUGAAGAUUCGAUCGCUCCGUCAGUUUUUUUCUGAGUCGAGUUACCGUCGUAAGUGUCAUUUCCAGUGAUAACAGCAUCCGUUACGAGCCUCCUCGAGUGUGGAAUAAAGUGGAUUCGAAGGAAUAACCAAGGAAAAGCAAUUUACCCAGGAUGGCGGCUUCCAUGAGAUUGCUCCACGGCCAGGUCCGUAAUGCCGGCCGAUAUGCAGUUGACCUUCAAAAUCGUCAUUUCCAUGCAUCCUGUGUGGUUGCAUCCAAGGUGGCCAUGUCGAAAUUCGACAAGGACGCUGUGCUUCCAUACGAAAAACUUGUUGCCAAUUUGGAAAUUGUAAAGAAACGCCUUGGUCGUCCAUUGACCCUUUCCGAAAAGGUUUUGUACUCACAUCUUGAUGAACCCCAUGAACAAGAUAUUUCCCGUGGAACUUCAUAUUUGAGACUUCGUCCUGAUCGCGUUGCCAUGCAAGAUGCCACCGCACAAAUGGCUUUACUUCAAUUCAUCUCGUCCGGCUUGAAAAAAGUUGCUGUACCAUCAACUGUACAUUGCGAUCACUUGAUCGAAGCUCAAAUUGGUGGCGAGAAAGAUUUGAAAAGGGCUAAGAACUUGAACGAGGAAGUGUACAAAUUUUUGGCAUCAGCUUGCGCUAAAUACGGUCUUGGAUUCUGGAAACCAGGAAGCGGUAUCAUCCAUCAAAUUUUGCUUGAGAAUUAUGCCUUCCCCGGACUUUUGAUGAUUGGUACUGACUCGCACACUCCAAAUGGAGGCGGUUUGGGAUGUCUGUGCAUUGGUGUCGGUGGUGCUGAUGCUGUUGAUGUAAUGGCCAAUAUCCCAUGGGAAUUGAAGUGCCCCAAAGUUAUUGGGGUUCAUUUGACUGGCAAGAUUAGCGGCUGGACUUCUCCAAAAGAUAUUAUUUUGAAAGUUGCUGAUAUUCUCACCGUCAAAGGAGGUACUGGAGCUAUCAUCGAGUACCAUGGAGAGGGCGUAAACUCAAUUUCAUGCACGGGUAUGGCUACCAUUUGCAACAUGGGAGCUGAAAUUGGUGCCACCACUUCAAUCUUCCCUUACAACAGCCGCAUGUCUGAUUACUUGAAAUCCACCAGGCGAGAUGACAUUGCAGCAGAAGCCAACAAAUACAAAGACAAACUUUUCACUGCUGAUGCCAAAUGUGAAUAUGACCAAAUCAUUGAAAUCGACUUGAACAAACUAGAACCCCAUGUGAACGGUCCAUUCACUCCCGAUUUGGCCCAUCCCAUUAGUAAAUUAGGCGCAAAUGCAAAGAAGAAUGGUUACCCUAUCGACAUCAAGGUUGGCCUUAUUGGAUCAUGCACCAAUUCCUCUUAUGAAGAUAUGGGUCGCUGCGCAAGUAUUGCAAAGGAUGCCAUGUCGCAUGGAAUUAAGUCGAAAAUUCCAUUCAACGUUACCCCCGGAUCAGAACAAGUUCGUGCAACUAUUGAACGUGACGGCAUUGCUGAAACAUUCAGGAAUUUCGGAGCCACGGUAUUGGCAAAUGCUUGUGGUCCAUGCAUUGGUCAAUGGGAUCGUAAGGAUGUGAAAAAGGGAGAGAAGAACACCAUUGUUACCUCUUACAAUCGUAACUUUACUGGAAGAAAUGAUGCUAAUCCUGCUACUCAUGCCUUCGUUACCAGCCCGGAAUUGGUUACGGCACUUUCAAUUGCCGGUCGUUUGGACUUCAAUCCAUUAACCGAUUCAUUGACUGGUAAAGACGGAAAACAAUUCAAAUUGAAGGCUCCAUUCGGCGAUGAAUUGCCAUCGAAAGGAUUCGAUCCUGGCAUGGACACAUAUGAUGCACCCCCAUCAGACGGUAGCAAGGUGAAAGUAGAUGUUGAUCCUAAAAGCCAACGUUUGCAACUUUUGGAACCAUUCGACGUUUGGGAUGGCAAAGACCAUACAGAUAUGACCAUCCUCAUCAAAGUCAAGGGAAAAUGCACCACAGAUCACAUUUCAGCUGCUGGUCCAUGGUUGAAAUAUCGUGGCCAUUUGGAUAAUAUUUCCAACAAUAUGUUCAUUGGUGCAACGAACGCAGAAAACAAUGAAAUGAAUAAAAUCCGAAACGCUACGACUGGUGAAUGGGGUGCUGUACCCGAUGUUGCUAGGGAUUAUAAAGCCAAAGGUAUUAAAUGGGUGGCGAUCGGCGAUGAAAACUACGGUGAAGGCUCAUCUCGCGAACAUGCCGCUUUGGAACCACGUCAUUUGGGCGGCCGAGCUAUCAUCGUUAAAUCCUUCGCACGUAUCCACGAAACGAACUUGAAGAAACAAGGUCUACUGCCACUUACUUUCGCUAACCCCGGGGAUUACGAUAAGAUCCAACCUUCCGAUAAAAUCUCCCUUCUCGGCUUGAAAAACAUCGCCCCAGGAAAGCCAGUCGAUUGCGAAAUCAAACAUGCGGACGGCAAAGUCGACAAGAUUAAGUUGAAUCACACAAUGAACGAACAACAGAUUUCAUGGUUCAAGGCUGGCAGUGCUCUUAAUCGUAUGAAGCAAAUUGCAGCCCAAUAAAAUCAUCGAGUAACCUUCUGGUAUUAAUAUUAUACUCUGCAUUAGGGCCACCAUAGAAUCAAAGAUUUCUCAUUUGGUAACAUGUACUACGUCUGAAUAACUUAAUGUUGAGAAUCAGAUCAUGAGAUGUUGUUACGCAUAUGAAAUACAUAAUUGUAAAUAGUUUUAAUAUUUGUCUUAAAAUACACAAUUUCUUUGAAAGAAAAAUCACUUUUUUAAGGAUGUAAAGUUCAACUGAUAUUACUCUUUCGAAUGAAGACUUGAUAGAUGUUGUUUGCCUUGGUCCUUUUAAAAAUACUUUUCGGAUGAAUUUCAAGUCGAUUCAAAUAUACUUAGUGGAAUGAUAUAGUCACGAGAGUCAAAAGAAGACAAUAAAUUAUUAUUUGAAA